UCUCAGGUCACUGAGAGAGAAGCAUUAAAACAGCUGUUGUUAGAGAGAAUCCAGUGUGCUGUGAGGAGAGUAACUGUUGAUUCUGAUUGUGGAGCAGAGAUGAGUGUCUGUAGAGAUAGAGGAGCGAAGAGAAAGAGGUGUAUAGAGGAGGAUAACCAGGUGGUUUUAGAGGGAGAAAGAGACCUUCCCAACACUGAAGCUCAGGUAGCUAAAAAACAGAAGACAGAAGAGACCCGUCCUGAGAGAAAGUCGAAGACAAUUGCCUCAAAACCAGCAGAGGAAGGAGGACGAGUUACAGAUCUUCCCAAAACUAAAGCCCGGGUACAUGAGAAAAGGAAGACAGAGACCCGGCCUAUGAGAAUGCAGCAGAGAAUCGCCCCCAAGCCAGACUCCUUUGCUGCUCGCUAUGUUACCGGGUACAAACUGGGUGAAGGAGGUUUCGGAUCUGUCUUCACUGGAACCCGCAUUUCCGACGGCCUAGAGGUGGCGAUUAAAUUUGUGAAAAAGCGAAGAUCUGACCAAUAUGUCCAGGAUCCUACAGGCAGGAUUGUGCCUAAAGAAGUGGAAAUGAUGAAGAUAAUGAGCAACCCACCCGCCAGAAACAUCAUCCAGCUGAUUGAGUGGUUCGAUGAGCCUGAGCGCAACAUUUUAAUUGUUGAGCGCCCUUAUCUUUGCGAGGACUUGAAGAGCUUCAUUUACCGCUGUGGAGGUUCAAUCAACGAACAGACAGCCAAAGCCAUCAUGGUCCAGGCGGUGCAGGCAGCAAGAACAUGCCACGAGCGAGGUGUUUUUCACCGAGACAUCAAACCGGGGAACUUCCUCAUCAACCCCCAAACCCUGGAGCUGAAGCUCAUUGACUUUGGCUGUGCCGACUGGGUGAAGUUGGGAGGAAAUAAUUCUUAUGCAGGCACCCGAGUGUACUGCCCCCCAGAGUAUCUGAUAAAGAGGAGGUACCACGCCAAGCCUGCAACAGUCUGGUCUCUUGGAGUCAUGCUGUACAGGAUGGUUUGUGGAUGCCAGCCCUUCAAAAACAAUCAGGAAAUCUGCCAGGGCCUCACGGACAUCAGAGGAUGCCUGUCUUACGAAUGCUGUGAUCUGAUCAGGUGGCUUCUGUGGCACAAUCCAAACAAGAGGCCCUGUUUUGGACAGAUCCUGAAUCACAGCUGGUUCUAUGAAUGCCAUGCCUAAGAUCAGGUUGUGAAAAGGGAUGGAUCCCUGCGGUGAUCUGCUGAAGGAAGCCACAGCAUCGUUUACAAAGACAAUGAGUUUAGAGUUUAGUCUGUAGUGUUAAAAUUAGUGUAUAAGCCAGAAAAGGGGUGUUAGAGUUUAGAAACAGUUGAGUGUAGAAGUUGAGUUAUCCGUUGUCGACCAGAGGAGGAUGGGUUCCUCUUUAGAGUCUUGGUUCCCCCAAGGUUUCUUCCUCUUAACUUGAGGGAGUUUUUCCUUGCCACUGUCGCCUUUGUGCUUACUCUAAAGAGGCUCGGACACGGAUCAACCAACUGAUUAGUGUAGGAGAAAAAAAACUUGUAAGGAAAAUGGCUUUUACUGUUUCAUGGAAACUCAGAAAAUAAACAGUAAAACUCUG